UCCCUGACAGUAGGGGGCGCUGUACACCUUUAGCGUCGUUUAGAACUAAAAGAAGGAGAAGGACAAUAACAACAUCAGUAGUUCUCAUCGGAUCUCGGAAAGCGGGCUGUGUCUACUUCCCAAGUUUCAGUUGGAACUAACCUCGACACCAGUCGCUAUGCAAGAUGUGGAAGAGGUGGUGUUGAUGACCAUUACUGACCAGAAGACGGAUGAUGUUUCUUCUGUCAAGGAGGAGGAGGAUGUCAAAUCUGUAUUGGUGACUACGGAAUUGAGCCAACAUAUGGGGGAGGAGGUUGUGGAGAUUGCACCAGAGGAUCUGGAUGUUGAGUCCUGCACCGCAGAUGCUCUGUCAAAGCAAGAGGCGGUCUAUGUGAAGUUAACUGAAGAGGUCGACGUGGAAUCGGAUAUCUACUACCCAAUCACCUGUGGCGAUACAAAGGCUAUUCUAGUCUGGAAGAAGUUUGUGUGCCCUGGCAUUAACAUCAAAUGCAUACAAUUAAAUGAACAGCUGGUCAGCCCAAAGGAGUUUGUCUGUUUAGCGGGGAAAUCCACGCUGAAGGACUGGAAGAGAGCCAUCCGGCUCAAUGGCACCAUGCUCAGAAAGAUCAUGGACUCUGGUGAGCUGGAGUUCUACCAGCAUGCCAAGGUGUGUUCCAACACAUGUCGCAGCACUAAGAUAGACCUGGUGGGAAGCAAACUAUCCGCCAUCAGCCAGCAGUCUGCUGAGUUUAUUGCUGUCACACCUUCAUCAACAAUUUUGAACGGACAAUCGCCGUCGUUCUCGGACGCAGAGGAGAGCUCAGAGUGGGUCACAGCCAUUGGAGAGGACUCUGUUGUAUUCUGGUGUGGGGUAAAGCAGGCCGGCCUGCUGGACGACGUGGUGGACGACUUCCGGACGGAGCUGAAGCAGCUGUUGACCAGCAUGCACGAGAGGGUCUCCGAGCCACCGCUACUGGUAAAAGACGUGUAUUUGCUGGACAACAUAGUGCAGAACUUUGGGAUGCUGGACCUGGUGAAGAAGGUUCUCGCGCGUCACAAGAGCCAGAUGGACCACUACAGGGAGCAGUACACCCAGAGCCUGGCUGCUCUGGAGCAGCAGUGCGACGAGCACCGGAAGCGCGCCAAGGAGCUGAAGAGCAAAGCGCAGCACCUGGACAACGUCCUGAUGACCUUCAGCCCCGCCCCGUCCCCGCCCGCGCCCAAGCACCCGCGGCUGAGCCGCUGCCUGUCGGCGCCGCCCGCCGCCUCCCCGCCCCCCCAGAUCACGCUGUCCCUCAACCAGCUGGCCGGCCUGGGGAAGGUGUUCACCUUGGCGGGCUCCCCCGUGGCGGGGAACCCCCUGGGCGGCUACACCGUCCUGUCCCCCGGCGGCCCGGCGGCGGAGCAGGCGCCCCUCUGCCACCCCUCUAACCUGACCCUGCUCUCCGCCGCCCCCGGGGGGCCGGAGGGCGGCGGCGGCCCCGUGACCUUCCUCAAGGUCCUCGGCCCGCAGUACCAGCUGCUGACACUCCCGCCCGCGCUGGGGGGCGCUCUGCAGGGAGCGGGCGUAGCGCAGAGCGCCGCCGCGCCACGGCCACUCGGUAGCAGCGUGGCACUACACGCACAGGUGAGAGCGCCGGCUGGUCCUGAGGUGUGCUGCGUCGGGGACCCCCAGAAGGUCGCCGUGGAAACGGAGUCGGAGGAAGACCAAGAGUGCUGAGGUUGUUGGAGAGAGACCGCUGCUGAGCUUUCUACCGUGUAUGUAAAUAAAGAAACCAGAGAUUCCCCUCGUUUGCGACAGAGACGGCAAAGUAUAAUUCCACCUGCUCUUUAUACUGGACACUUCAAAUGUAUGUUCUAUUUUUGAUUGCCCGACUGUGAUCUGAGCUAAAUUCAACCGGUCACUGGCUGUUUGUUUCAUCUUGCUCUGUGCUAUAUCCAGAUGUCUCUGUGGGAAAUCUACUUUGUGCAGGCUGGUAAGGUGAAACGUAUUGAAUGCCAUAGCAAAUGCUGUCUUUUGUGUGAGUUCAAUCUAGUUCCACCGUCCUUUUUAAAUUAGUUCAAUUAUUUUUACAAUGUUGAAUGUUGUUACAGUUCAUGUUGGCUAAUUAAAUUCAGGUAUGUUUUAGAAAA